AGAAAGUGUUAAAUGGCUGCCGUCCAAGACAGAUGAGAUCACAAAAUAUCUGUCUAAAUUCUCAAUAUUUCUUCAAAGAAGUUGCGCGUUUAAGCUAUUAUGUAGCAAGAAUUAAUCUCUAGUGAGUUUUGUUGAGGCAACAUUAUCACAAUGAAUGAGCGUGAGCGACCUCUCCGUCUGUCUGGGGAGCCAACCGAACAAAAGGGUGAUGACCCGAAUAUGGGUGUAUGUUACUACAUCCUAUUUGGUUUUUCCUUCUUCGUGUGUUGUAUUACUUUCCCAAUAUCACUCUGCUUUGUCUUUAGGACAGUACAAGAAUACGAGAGAGCGGUGAUCUUCCGAGCAGGACGUCUUCUCCCUGGUGGUGCCAAAGGACCAGGGUUGUUCUUUAUCCUGCCAUGUAUUGAUGAAUUCAGAGUGAUUGAUUUGAGGACACUGUCCUUUGAUGUUCCACCACAGGAGAUCCUAUCCAAGGACAGUGUGACAGUCACUGUAGACGCUGUGGUGUACUUCCGCGUUCAGAACCCCACUAUGUCCGUCGUUAACGUGGAGAACUUUAAGCGCUCGACAGAGCUCUUGGCAGCAACAACUCUGCGGAAUGUCUUGGGUACGAAGACCUUAGCGGAGGUACUGAGCUCUCGUGAGUCCAUCAGUAGUCAUAUGCAAUCGGUGUUAGAUGAAGCUACGGAUCCAUGGGGUGUAAAAGUGGAGAGAGUUGAAAUUAAGGAUGUAAGGUUGCCCCUUCAACUGCAGAGAGCCAUGGCAGCAGAAGCUGAAGCAUCAAGAGAAGCACGUGCUAAGGUGAUAGCCGCACAGGGUGAGCAGAAUGCAUCUCGAGCUCUCAAGGAGGCUGCCGACAUCAUCGCCGAGGCACCUAAUGCCCUCCAACUCAGAUACCUUCAGACUUUACAGACCAUCUCUGCUGAGAAGAACUCCACCAUCAUCUUCCCUCUGCCUAUCGACCUCUUGUCAUCAUGGAUUGAGAAGUGAGGUUUGAGGGUAAGAUUUUGGGUUGUGGGAUAGGAUCGUAGGGUAUUUUGAGGUUUUGGGUAGGAGGGUAUUUUGAGGUUUUGGAUGAGGGUAGCUUGAGAGGGUUAAGAUUAAGAUU